UUUAUUUUGGGUUUUGUUCAUGAGAUAAGAUCCAAGACCUGCAACUAUGAAGAUGAACAGCAAAGGAUUUAAACAGAAACCACGUUCUAAAGUAGUCAUCUCUUUCUUCACCGUUUUUUUCAUUCUCAUCCUCGGUGCUUGGAUGCAUAUGUUUGUAAUAGGUAAGAAUAAAAUCCAAAUGGUGGCGACAUCAAUAGUGGCAAGUACAAAGAAAACCAUCAAGAUUCCAUUAAACUGCAAGGACACAACACAAAAAUGUCCUUUAAACUAUCCAAGCAGAUUCAAACCAGCCAUCUCUUCCUCAGAAACUUGUCCUGACUACUUCAAGUGGAUCCAUCAAGACCUAAAGGUAUGGCAAGAGACAGGUAUCACAAGGGAAACACUCGAGAGAGCAAAACCUAAUGCUCAUUUCAGGCUUGUGAUAAAGUCAGGGAGAUUGUAUCUUCAUCAGUAUGAUAAAUGUUACCAGACAAGAGAUGUGUUCACAAUUUGGGGAAUACUUCAACUUCUAAAAAUGUAUCCUGGUCAAGUCCCUGAUCUUGAGCUUCUCUUCCUCUGCCAUGAUCAACCCGGCAUUUGGAAAAAAGACUUUAGGCGAGAAGGACCAAAUUCUACAUGGCCUCCUCCGCCGUUGUUUCAUUACUGUAGUCACCGUGAUGCAUACGACAUCGUCUUCCCUGAUUGGAGCUUUUGGGGUUGGCCGGAGGUGAAUGUUAAGGAGUGGACAACAUUACAAGUGGCGAUUAGAGAAGCCAACGAAAGGGUUAGAUGGAAAGAUAGAGUUCCCUACGCUCACUGGAAAGGGAACUCUUACGUUUCUCCGGAAAGAAGAAACCUCAUGCAAUGUAACUUCUCCGAUAAGUAUGAUCCCAUGGUUCAUCUCUAUGAACAGGACUGGGAGAAGGAGAGGGAGAAUGGUUUCAAAAGUUCAAACUUAGAAGACCAGUGUACCCAUAGGUACAAGAUUUACAUAGAAGGUCGUGCAUGGUCAGUGAGCAAAAAAUAUAUAUUAGCAUGUGACAGUAUGGCUCUUCUAGUUAAACCAGAGUUCUUCGAUUUCUUUGGAAGAAGUAUGGUUCCAAUGGAACAUUACUGGCCCAUUAGACCUCAAGAGUCUUGUCGUGAUCUCGAGUUCGCCGUUGAAUGGGGUAACAACAACACUGAGAAGGCGCAAGAAAUAGGUAGACGAGGAAGUGAGUACAUGAUGAAGCGCCUAGAGAUGAAGUAUGUAUAUGAUUACAUGUUGUAUGUGUUGCAAGGAUACGGGAAGCUGAUGAGGUUAAACGUGACCGUGCCUGAAAAUGCGACCGAAGUGUGUUCCGAGACGAUGGCUUGUCCGAUCACUGAUGGUGGACUGAUUAGGCAAUGCAUGGACGACUCGUUGGUUACGUAUCCAAGCGUCAAGGCGGCUUGUGACUUGCCGCAGCCUUAUGGAGAUGAUGAGAUCAAAAGGUUUCUUAAAAGUCAAGAAAGUGCGGAGAGACAUGUUGAGAAGUUGACCAAUGACUAUUGGGAGGUCCAAAACAAGAUUCUUCAAAAAGGAAAGAUUGUAUAAUUUAUCAGGAUUGAUUUAAUUGAUAUAUUAGGAAAUACUUAAAAUUGAUUUCUUUAAAAUUUCGGAAUG